AUGAAUAAACGCGAAAUCUCUCACACCGAGAGCGUCGCUGGUGGUUCCGACUCUUCCGGAGGCGGUAAGAGGAAGACGUGCAUGAGGCACUGUGCAAGGUUUUGGUGGAUCUAUCUCAUCGGAAUAAUCGCCGCAAUCCUGCUCAUUGUUCUCUUGAUUAUUUUCGUUGCCGUCCCCAAAAUUGCCCAGUCAAAACUUGAUCAUGUCGAGCUCACAGUCGACGGGAUCAUCGUCUCCAACACAAGAUCCAACUCUUAUAACAUGGCCAUCAACUCGACGCUGAGAUCGGACGGCUCCGUCAAGGCGACCGUCGAGCCCUUCGACGGCGUCAUGUACCUUGAAGAUUUGGAGCCGCACACUCCCUUCGUCAACCUCAAGUUCCCCGAAACCAAGUCUGUCAAGCUGCAGACCGUCAACAUCAGCCAGCCCAUCGAGAUCGCCGACAUGGCGGCCUUCACCACUUUCAACACCUGGCUUCAGAACAACGAGUCUGUCAGAGUCACCGUCAAGGGCAAUACUCAUAUUAAGGUGAACGGCAUUGCGAGGCGGUACGGCGCUGUAUUCAGGAACACAAUGACCUUGAAAGGUUUGAAUGGCUUCAAGGGCCUCAACGUCACCGAAAGCUCCAUAUCUCUCACGCCCGACGCCCGAGGAAACAAUUUCAAGGGCCACGUCUCCAUCCCCAAUCACUCUGUCCUCACUCUUGAGAUCGGAAAUGCCACCUUCUCCAAUCUCCUCGACGGCCAGGACAUUGGAACCGUCUACAUCGACAACCUCGUACUGUAUCCAGGCGUGAAUAAUGUCACCAUGCGCGCCAGCAUCAGCCAGGCCCCUGUCCUUGCCGCCAUUGGUAAACGCCCAGCCUGCGAGACCGGCAUCGUCCCAUUCGCCCUCCGCGGCAAGGACGUCGAGAACGACGGCCAGAAGCUGUCCUACUUUGCCGACGCCCUCGCCUCCGACCAGGUCAUCACUGACAUCAACAUUGGGGCCGCCUUGAAGCAGUCCCUGAACAUCAGCAUGUCUUGUCAUUGA